AUGUCUUGGCAAGAUUACAUCACCAAUUUGGUCGACGGAAAGACCUGCGAGGAUGCAGCAAUUGUUGGUUUCAUUGGUACGCCGUGUGUUUGGGCCUCUCACCCGGGUGGGGCUAUUGGCCACAUCACGUCACCACAAGUGCAGACUAUUCUUUCCGAUGAUCGGACUGUGGUCCUUAUUAAUGGAGUACACAUCGGUUUACUGAAAUGUUCUGUGAUCAGAGACCAGCUUAAUGUGCAAGAUGUCUAUGUUAUGGAGGUAAAGACAAAGAAUCCCGAUGGGCCAACUUACAACGUAGCUGUUGGGAAAACAAACACAGCUCUUUUCAUCGCUAAGGGAGCAGAAGGUGUUCAUGGAGGAGCCGUCUACACUAAAGUUUGUGAUAUGUGCAAGUACCUGAGAGAAUUAAAUAUCUGA